ACCUGUCAUCUUGCAGUUUCCAACUUGUUUUCUGCAGCAACGGAAAAUGUUCAGAAACUGUUAAAAGAAAGGACAUGUAUGAUCACAUGAACAGCACAUGCCAAUGGAAGAUGGAAGAUUGUGUUCACUGUUAUGAGGAAUACCCAAAAUGCCUAAUCCAAGAUCACGUAGACGAAUGUGCGAAAAGGCCAGUGGAAUGUCCAAAUGGCUGUGACAAAAUUAUUGUUCGAGAAGAGACAGAUGCCCACAUUGAGACUGACUGUCCAUUGACCGAAGUGUCCUGUCCGUAUGUUGAGAUUGGCUGCAACACCAAGAUUCUAAGAAAAGAGCUAGAAUCUCAUCUUCAGUCAAAGAUGGGAAUCCAUCUCGAGUCGACUCUGAAAACUUUUAAAGAAACGACCGUAAAGCUCGAGGAAAAAGUGGACCAGCUCAAGCUAAAGCAAAUGGAAUCUGAACAAGAGAGAGCCAUUUUAAAGAACGAAAUACAAGAAUUGACAAUAGCAAAUGCCUCUCUAAGAGCGAAAGUGGCUGCUCAGGAAAAAGAGAUCUCACUACUGAAAGGAGAAUCUUCUACAUUUGUUUGGAAAAUAAAGCGUUUCCAAGAUAUCUUACAGCAGGCUAAAAAUGGCGCUAAGAAAGAGGUUUACAGUGUGCCAUUCUACACGGGAAAGCAAGGGUACCACCUAUCAGUCUGUAUGAGACCAGAAGGGGAAAUAACGAAGAGGAACAAGUACCUCUCAGUUCUUCUUCGUGUAAUAAAAGGCAAAUUCGACGCCAUUUUGCCUUGGCCAUUUCGUUGUAAAAUCACAUUUACGUUGGUUGAUCAACGAGACGAUCCAAAUGAUAGGAUGAACGUGACACAGUCUUGUCUGGCAGAACCUCCUUUUGAAAGACAGACUUCAGAAUUUGGCUUCAGCGAGCGAGGUGUCAGUAGCUUUCUAUCUCAUAAGGUGCUGAUGACAAGAAACUACUUAGUUCACGACACGUUGUUUCUCCAAGUUGAAUUUCAUCCUUUGUAACCAAGGUGUACUCGGUGAAAGUACAAUUUAAUUUGUUAACAUCUUGAUGUGUAACUCUUUUAUGUAUAGCCAAACCAAUAUGAUCCUGGUCACGUAUAUUUUAUCUGAGGUUAAGUUAAUUUGACAUGGAUAUUAUGGUGGAUGUAGAUUAUAGAAGGGGUAGUGUAAUUAUUCAUGCCACUGUAGGAUGAAUUUCAUGGUAAAUGUUUAACGAGAAAUGACUGACUGUCGUUAUGCAACAUAAAACAUUUUUAUCCGAACAUCAGCAACAAAAAAAUUUACUUCUUUAACGACUUGUGCAGACAGAAAAAAGGAUCAAAAUGAUACAAAGACUUUUACACGCGUCUUCUUGUAAAGAAUGAAUGAGGUUGUUGCUUCCGUCCGCGAAGGGAGCUGAGACAGAUAAACAAAACGCAGUAUUCCAAAGACCUCAGGGAAACGAAAAGGCUUGCUUAUCUGAAAAGUGAACGCUUUAAAUGUUUCAUUAAUUUUAUGCAGCUUAUCAUGUAGUAGAUAAGGUUUUCUUGUAUUGUAAUUUCCUAGUGGUUAUAUAUGUACCUGACAACCCCGCCCUUAUUAAUCAGCUUAACAUAGAUACAAACAGACGAUAUCGUAACGAAUCUUUCUAAAGUCAUAGUACCAGGGCGAAGAAAGGUAUUAUGAGAUGUAGAUAGCUAUAUUUAGUCCUCUCUGGAAAAGGAUGACAAAUAUUUCCUCUAAUGUUAUAAUUGUAACCCACAAUUCCUCCAUUCGCUCCGACGAAGGGCUAACGCUCGAAACGUCAGCUUUUAUAACCGUAA